AUGGAAUUUACUGUAGCGCUUCUCAGAGAGGCCGCCAGCCGGGCGGUAAAUUGUACGCCCGCCACCAGUGGCGUAGAUGUCCCUGAUGUACUGCGCUCUUUCACCGCGAUCCCUAAAUCUUACCGGGUGGGACAGGAACGAGCAGAGGAUGAGUGUCCGUUAUCCUGUAUCUGUGCCAGAGACUCUGGGACAGUGACCUGCCGUGACAACGAGGACACCGAGUUACCGGGAGACAUACCGGCGUGGGCGACCACGUUAAUACUCAGGGGGAACAACAUCUCAACCUUACCGGGUGGAGCGUUCUCCUCGAAUAACGGGACGAAACUCAAGCUAACGACCCUCUCACUGUCACAUAAUGGAAUCAUGGUGAUCGAGGCUGACGCUUUCACAGGACUCCCACGGUUGCGUUUGCUAGAUUUGAGCCACAAUCGGUUGGUGUACAUCUCAGACCGGGCGUUUCACAGUCUGCAGGAGCUCCGCUCCCUUUACCUGAAUGACUCGCUCCUCGCACUGGCUGUGGCGCAGCUCUCCAAUGCAUUGCAUGGAGACAUUUUAUGCAACCUCCACCGGCUGGAGCUAUCUGGCAACCGGUUGAAAACCAUACCCAUUUCAAGGUUGGAUGCAUUCAACCUCCACACUUUAGUUUUAACCAAUAACUCAAUCGAAAACAUUGGUAAAGAGAACGUCUCCAGUUUGUACCGCCAAAAGCAAGUGCGCGUCUAUUUAUCACUAAACCCGUUCAGGUGUAACUGUGAGCUGGAGUCGUUCUACUUCUGGUUAAAGAACUCUUCUCAGUGCGUGGACGCUGCGCGCCUCCUGUGCGCCGAGCCUGAUGCUAAGAAGGGGAUUCCAAUAGAGCGGUUACGCAGUGAGGACGUGGAUUGUCUCAAUGAGAACUUAGAGGCAGUGUCCUACGUGUUCCUAGGGAUAGUCCUGGCGCUGAUCGGCAUAGUAUUCCUCAUGGUGCUCUAUCUAAACCGGAGAGGAAUCAAACGGUGGCUCAACAACAUCCGCGAUGCGUGCCGCGACCAGAUGGAAGUGUAUCAUUACCGGUAUGAGCAGGACUCAGAUCCCCGGUUGGCUAACGUCGCGGUUUAACGUUCAGUGUUCACUCGUCAAUCCAUGCCAUAUAUCCACCAUUUUUUUUCUAUACAGAGUAAACUGUCCUUGAACGGAUGAACUAUUAGUAUCAGUUUGUUAUCAGCUGUAGUUGUUUAUAAUACGUUGGAAAACAACAGACGUGGCUAUUCAAGGAGGACAAUAGGCCUACGUUGAAGAGGUGGCAAUACAAACCAUAUUGUACAGUACUUGAAUGUACAUAUCUGUAAAUAUAC